UUUUUAAUCUCCUCGAGGAAGUAAAUGCUUCGAGGGCUUAAUUGUUGGUGUGGAAAUAAGGGCAUUUUCUUCAGGAGUAACAGUUUGAGGCAUAUUUUUCAGUCGAGAAUUAUGAUGAAUACGGGUGGAGAAGUUGUAGAGCGACUUGAAAAACGUGCAGUGGAAGCUGAAGAGACCAUUUCCCUGUUGAAAUCUCAGUUGUACUUUUUACAGAAAGCAACAGAGAAGAAGACGAAUUCAUUGGGAUGUAAGGAUAUUUCAGCUCUCAAACAAGAGAAUGAGCACUUGAGGCAGGAAGUUGACAAACUUAAAGCAGAGCUGGAAUAUUGGGAAGUGAGGAAUGGAUUGAAACAAGUUAUUCUCCCAGGUAAGGCGCAAGGCACAUCUUUCAUUGAACAAGAAAAAGUUGAAGCACUUGUCGCUGAACAAGCAGAAGUGAGACCUGAAAAAGCAAAAGAGGAGAAGCCAAUGGAAAAGAAACAGAAGAAAGAGAAAGCAGAGAAAAAAGGAAAGGAGAAACCAAAAGCUGUAGAAGAAGCGGCCAACACUGUGGAACCUGAUGUGUCUCGUAUUGACUUCCGUGUGGGUAAAAUAACGUCCGCCAAACGUCACCCUGAUGCUGAUACACUGUUUGUGGAAGAAAUUGAUGUUGGAGAAGAAAGUCCCCGAACAGUUUGCAGUGGCCUUGUAGGAUCAGUGCCUCUAGAGGAACUUCAGGAUCGUGUUGUAAUCGUGAUGUGCAACCUUAAGCCAGUAAAAAUGCGCGGUAUCACGUCGCAAGCCAUGGUGAUGUGUGCAAGUCCCGAUGACAGAUCGUCGUUUGAACUACUGAAUGCGCCCGAGGGCAGCGUGCCUGGCGACAGGGUCACAUUUGAUGGCUUUCCAGGGGAACCAGACAAGCAGUUGAAUCCAAAGAGAAAGGUUUGGGAGCAAGUGAAGCCUCACCUUCGUACAAACGAUGCAGGGAUCGCAUGCUACAAGGAUACUCCUUUCAGUGUAUCUGGAAAAGGUGUUUGUACAUCGAGCAAAUUUUUUAAGGCACCCAUAAGUUGAAGCCGUGGAUAGAAAAACGAUGCAACCUGACGAAAUAAAAUCUAAGAUUUCUGAAAUGAAAUAAAGGAAGCUCUUGAUUCAUCAAACAUCUUUGAAAUAAACUGUUUUCAUAAAAGAAAAUUCCAACCGGUUCUACUGCUAAUAAAAGUGUAGGAAAAACUUCAUUCUUUUGGUCGAUAUCUAAUCCUAGAGAACCAUAUGUUAGCUUUGGCAAAAUUGACGUAGCGGACUUGCAAAAUUACCUAGCGUGUAUGUUGGUAGUUGGUUUAAGGGCAUUUUCUUUUUUAAACGGGCUUAAGUAUAUAUCCACCAUAGAUUUUUAUUUUCCCGCGUACCGUAAGAUAUCUGGGUGCCUUAAAGGAUACGCACUCAGUUCGAUAGUGAUGAAAGAAAAGUAAAUGAAUUCAAAUGAGUUUUUUUAGCAAAAUAUUCUUUUUUAAUCAUUGAAUACACUUAAAUCAGUUGUUUUUUCACUUUUUCUUAAAACACAAUAGAAAAAAAAAUUAAUUAUUUCUUUCCCUCUAAGUAUCAAAAAUCGAAUUCAAAUCGAUCAUUUGGUUAUUUGGCCUGUCACUCACCGCGAUAAUUGCUCAGAAGGUUUUAUGAAAUUUCUUAUUUUGAGUUGAAUAACUACUUUUCUAGUCUUCGUUGUUUCAGUUCGGAGAUUGUGAGUGUUUAAUUUCUAUGCGCGGUCGUUUCGUUUCAUUCGUCUUGUAGCGUCAAUAACAAAGUUUUAAAGUAGUCAUCUAGAAGAGAUAAAUGGUUGAGAAUGUUUGCCACCCCAAAAGUGUGCGACGCAAGCUCAAAUGUAUGAAGUAGAUCGUCCUUUCUACUGUCUUCGAUAGUCUUAUGCAGCUCUUUCAGCGAGUUUCUGUAGAAAAGUUGAAACAAGAGAAGCAAAUCAAUAUGUCAGAGUUUAGCCACA